AUGGAGAAUCCUAACAAUUUCGCUGGUGUUGAUGCAAUGAAUCUCAAAUUAUGGAAGGCAGAAAUACCAAUCAAUUCUGAUAAUACUAUUCAGGGACCAACAUUAGAUAAUGAGUUGUUUCCCGCAAAUGAUAUUGGAGAGUAUUGGAAAGAAACACUUUCAAAGAAACAUAUCAUAUUUGAUGAAAUGAAAUAUAAAAAGUUUAGAGAUCCACCUAGUCCUGAAGUCUCAGAUGAAUGUAAACUAUUGCAACAGUCAAAAGAGCUCAAAGUUUAUG